GGGCCAUGCGAUUUUAGUAGGUCAGACCUAAAUCGCAUUUUGGCCAUGCGAUUUUACUAGGUCAGACCAAAAAUCGCUUGGCUAAGGUGCGAUUUGAUUCCAGAUUUUUGGAACGCACUUGUAGGGUGCGAUCUACUUAUAAAACGCACUUGUAGGGUGCGAUUUAUAUGUAAAACGCAUCUACAAGGUGCGUUCUAUUAAAAAUGGUGCUAUUAGUGGAAUUUUUUUUACAUUGGUGCUAUUUUUGUAAUUUUUUUAUUAAAAGGUGCUAUUUCUGGAAAAAUUCCGCAUUGACUGACCUUAUCUUUUUACACUCUUCUCUAACUACCAUGAGUUCAGUCCAAUCACCCGCAGUCUCGCCGGCAGAACUACAGAUAUGGUGGAAAAGAGCAAGAAUCUGUUCAUCGGAGGCACCGGCUACAUCGGAAAAUACUUGGUCGAGGCCAGCGCCCAAUCUGGUCACCCUACUUUCCUUCUCGUCAGAGAAUCCACUCUCUCUAACCCCGAGAAAUCAACCGUCAUCGGCAAAUUCAAGACCCUUGGCGUCCGUUUCCUCACCGGCGAUCUCUACGAUCACGAGAGCUUGGUCAAGGCGAUCAGGCAAGUGGAUGUGGUGAUUUCUACUGUGGGUUACGCCCAGCUGCUCGAUCAAGUCAGGAUAAUCUCCGCUAUCAAAGAAGCAGGAAACAUCAAGAGAUUCUUGCCGUCGGAGUUCGGCAGCGAUGUGGAUCAUGUCAACGCUGUGGAGCCAGCUAAAACUGCAUUCGCCAGCAAGGCUAAAGUGCGUCGGGCUAUUGAGUCCGAAGGCAUUCCUUUCACCUACGUAUCCUCCAACCUUUUCAAUGGUAUCUUUCUCACCACAUUGACCCAGCUCGGAACCACAGCUCCACCGCGAGAUAAAGUUGUUAUCUUCGGAGAUGGAAACCCUAAAGCAAUUUUUAAUACGGAGGAAGAAAUUGGAACCUACACCAUCAAAGCAGUGGAUGAUCCAAGAACCUUGAACAAGAUUCUGUACGUAAGACCACCAGGCAACACGAUCUCCCUAAACGAUCUCGUGUCCUUGUGGGAGAAGAAGAUUGGACACACCCUUGAAAGGGUUUACAUCUCAGAGGAACAGCUCCUGAAGAACAUUCAAGAGUCUGCACCUCCUAUGGAUGUGGUAUUAUCAAUUCGCCACUCGGUGUUCGUGAAGGGAGAUCAAACCAACUUCGAAGUCGAACCUUCAUUUGGAGUAGAAGCCUCUGAGCUUUACCCCGACGUCAAAUACACCACCGUGGAUGAGUACCUUAACAAACUUGUCUGAUUGCACUGAAAUCAAGCAGCAGCCGCUGCUACCCGUAAGUGGUAGAAAGCUUUCAGUUCAAGUUGCUGAUUAGGUUUCCGUUUUCCAUGGUAUGUAUGCACAUGUGUAUAUCAAUCAUGUCAAACAGCCCGUCUUCUAUAUCGAGCCUUGAUAACUAUUUGGGGUUUCUGAACUUGCAUAUCAUUUAUUGUUUUCUUUUACUGAUUCAUAUUUUGUUAUUAUUUUAGAACUAUCAAUGUGUUAUUAUAAUUCAUUGUUCUACUCGGAUUGGAGUUUUGUUUUACUUUUAGUUUGGGAAUUGUUAUGGUUUUCUUGUGAGAAUAGUAGUAAUAUUUUUCUAACAUAUCAAUAUGUAUUCGUUUUAUAGUUAAUGCAUGAGAAGAGCCUUGUUUCUUUCGUUCAUUAUCAAAAAAGUUCGUAUUACUUU